AUGGACUACAGCAACCCAAGUAUCUCAAUAAACAUACUCCAAUGGAAUUGUCAGAGCGUCCGUCCUAAACGAAUAGAACUUGAAGCCCUCCUUAGUCAAGAAAAGAUACAUAUUGCUAUAUUGAGUGAAACCUGGUUAGAACCAUACAGUCCUUUCGAUAUUACCGGAUAUCAUAUAUUCCGAGCUGACCGUCAUGAUGGAUUCGGAGGAGUAGCUAUACUCACACACAAAUCAAUAAAAGCACAACGAUUCGAUGUUCAACUACGUAACAAUGCGAUAGAGGUAAUUUUUGUUAAAAUACAUAAUUGUGAUUAUAUAGAAAACGUAAUUUCUGUGUACUGUCCACCAUCUACUAAUACAACGUUAUCGGAUUGGAAUGAGGUUCUCAAAUUAGGCGAAAUGAGGUCUAUUGUGGCAGGGGAUUUUAACGCUCAUCAUACCAAUUGGUCUACAAAAAUAGAUACACGUGGUGGACAAAUAUAUGAUUCUAUAAUAGAAAAUGACUACUGUUCGUUAAAUAAUGGCACAAACACAAGAGUUAAACUAGUCAAUGGCCUAGUCCAAAGAUCAUCACCGGAUAUAUCCCUGAUAUCAACAGAUAUAGCUCUAGGAUUUGAUUGGCAAGUAUUAAAUGAAAAUCUCGGAAGUGAUCAUUUGGCUAUUAAAUUGAGAACCAACAUCUCGGCUAAUCCAAACUAUAAAAAGAAAUUCAAUCUAAAGAAAGCUAAUUGGAUUAAAUAUAAAGAAAAUAUUGAAAGUUUAUUCUUGAACUUUAAUUUACCUCAGGAUAAUCAGACGGCGUAUGAUGAGUUUACCAAUAUGGUUCUUAUCGCUGCUAAAGAAUCAAUUCCUUAUAUCAAAAUCUGCAACAAUCCAGUACGUGCCCAAAAUUUUAAACCUAAGCCUUACUGGAAUAAAGAAGUAUCAAAAGCUGUAGCAGAAAGACGUCGUGCACUAGCAAUUUUCCGUAGAAAUCCCACUCCAGAUAACCUCGAGUUACUUCAAACUAAGAUCCGAACAGCCCAGUCAGUGAUUAGGAGUAAUAAAUGUAAGUCUUGGAGAGGUUGGUGUGAUAGUCUGGAUGGUGUGUCCUCGUCAACUGAAAUGUGGAACAAAAUGAGAUGGCUGAAAGGUUACAGUGCUCCAACACGAUAUGUUUCUUCAGAUGUAGCAGACAAAUUACUUUGCGAUUUAGCGCCUGAUUUUGUAACUCCACCCCCUCCGAAGUUCCACUCGAAAAAUCAGCUAUUAUCUAGUCCAAUAACAUUGCAAGAACUUACUAAUAACCUAAAACAAUCAGACACAGCCCCAGGGUUGGAUGACAUCUCCUAUUCUAUGAUUAAUCACUUGCCUGAUAUAGCCAAAAGCAUUCUAGUGUGUUUAUACAAUAGGUUUCUAAACACAGGUUUUGCUCCGUCACAGUGGAAAGAGAUCAAAAUUGUCCCGAUACCAAAAUCAGGCGCUGAUAGCAGUGGUUCUUCAUCAGGUAUGAGGCCUAUUGCCUUGAUAUCCUGUACAUGCAAGAUAUUUCAUUCAAUAAUUACACGAAGAUUAGAAUGGUAUUUUGAAAAGAAUAAAUUAUUUUCAGAUGAGACUAUAGGAUUUAGAAGAACUAGAUCUUGCAUGGACAAUUUAUCAAGGUUAGUGUCACGGAUACAAAUUGGUUUUAGCGAAGGUUUAGUAACGGUUGGAUGUUUUAUCGAUAUCAAUAAUGCUUAUAAUAAUGUUGAUAUAUCCUGCCUUGUGCUCUCAUUGGAUAAGAUUGGAGUUGGAGCUUCAGUGUGCAAUUAUCUUUGGCAGUUUUUAAGUGGCCGUAGUUUGUUCAUAGAAUUAGACAAUAAUAAAAUUAUUCGUACAACUGGUACCGGAAUAGCUCAAGGUGACCCAUUAUCUCCAUUUUUAUUCAAUGCUGCUACCUUAAGUAUUUGUAAGGAAUUGUCUGGAUUGCUUUUUGUAUCACAAUACGCCGAUGAUUUUGUGCUUUAUGCUACCCACAAAGACAUAUCUGAAGCAGUCUCCAUUGUUCAGCGUGCUUUGGAUAUGUUUAAUGAUAUGAUAGAUGACAUCGGAUUAAGUGUCUCUCAUAGAAAAACGAAAAUGUGCAUAUUUUCGAGAGGUCAGAGAAAACGUCUUUCGGCUGAUGAUACAGCGUUGAGGGUUAAAGAGUUCAAAAUUGAAAUAGUAGAUAGCGUAAAAUAUUUAGGAAUGUGGUUCGAUAGAGGAUUAAAAUGGGGCAAACACAUAAAUUAUACGUAUGAGAAAACUUGUAAAUUUUUGAACAUAUUCAAAGUGUUAGCUGGUUCUAAGUGGGGCAUACACCCGAAGCAUCUUAGACGCUUAUACAUAGCAAUCAUCCGAAGUCGCCUGGAUUAUGGCAGCUUUCUCUAUGACACCAGUGUCAAAAGCCAUUUAUAUAAGUUAGAUAAAGUACAGAAUCAGGCGAUGAGAGUGAUCGGUGGUUUUAUUAGAACUUCGCCAGUGCAUGUCAUGGAAAGCGAGUUAUGUCUUCCACCAUUAUCUAUUCGUAGGCGCUUUCUGGCAAUAAAGUUUUGGUUUAAAUCUAUUUCAUUGAACAAAAAUUCUAUUCUGGAAAUAAUCGACGAACUGAAUUGUUUAUGUGAAUGGAGAUACUGGUCUCGGAAAAGGCUGCCACUUCUUGUGGACACAUACAGGAAAUAUAAGUACAAUAAGUUACAAUCAUUUGAUAAUUUGCCAAUGUAUAAUCUGGAGUAUUGGGUUACUUAUUAUGAUCUAUCCAAAAAUAUUAUUGUUAGUAUCGAUGGUUUUGAAAAAGCUAAAAGACAAGUUAGUGCAUUGGAACUUAGUAAUACUUGCUGUGAAUACUUAAAUAGACAUUAUAAUUCAUAUUACAAAUUAUAUACUGACGGGUCUAAAAAUAAAAUGGGAUGUGGAGCUGCAUUUUAUGACUCAAAUAUGAUCACAUCAGUUAAAUUUAGUAUUUCUGGUGAUAUUUCUAUUAUGCACGCAGAAUUGAUUGCCAUAUCCGAGGCAUUACAAUAUGCAAUAACAUUGCAAAGUACCCUAAUUGUCAUUUUCACUGACUCUAAAAGCGCUUUGUUACACUUGGCUCGGAUCCCCUCGAAUAGUCGAGGAUGCCCGAUAGCCUACACAAUUCUUGAAACUAUGAAUAAGCUUCGACACUUAGAUAAAAAUGUUUUAUUGCAGUGGAUUCCAUCGCACAUCGGAAUCAGGGGUAACGAGGAGGCAGAUUUAGCAGCUAAACAAGCCAUUAGUGAAGGCAUCAGUUACGAAUGCAAGCCACUUCAAAAUGAAGCGUUAAAUCUUUCGAAAGUUGACUGUAGGCGAUUGUGGCACGAAUACUUCAAUGAGCGGUCUAGAUAUAAAGGUAUUUGGUACAAAACCAUCCAGUGUCAACCUCCUCUUUACCCAUGGUUCGAUGAUCAUCACGGAAAUAGGGUAACCAUUGUAACACUGUUGAGACUUCGUUGUGGUCAUAUCCCAUCUAACAAGUUUAAAUACCUAAUGGGCAUCUCAGACACACCUGAUUGCCCAGAGUGUAACAAGGUAGACGAUGUUCAACACGUGUUGAUGGAAUGUGUUCGCAACGAGGCGCUCCGCCGUGAAUUGCGACUCAGUGGCGGCAACGCAGUGGGUAGGUGCAAUAGUCUUUUAGCUGAUCCGUUAUCAGAAUGUGCUAAGUGCCUAGUUAAGUUGUGUCAUGAAAUUAUUAUCUAAAUGUAAUUACUGGAAUGUUUAAAUGAUUCCUUUGUUCGAUAACCUUACGGGGGUGACAUAGUCACUGCGUGA